AUGUCUCAAACAACUACGACUACCACCUCCACCGCGACCGUCGUCCUCCUAACCAUAUUGCUAAUGGCGGCAACAGUAGUUUCAGGGCAAGGAGAUACGGCCCCUCCUCCAAAUGCAAGUAUAGUUUGUGGGGCCAACUUAGGUUUAUGUGCAGCAGCGCUUACACAGGGAGGAAAACCGUCAGAGGAAUGCUGCAAAAGCCUAGACACAGCGGUGAAGACACAGCUUAAGUGUCUUUGCGACAUCCUCACAAACCCACAAAUAUUGGCCGGCUACGGUCUCACCGUUGAGAAUGUUCUUCUCAUCCCUAAGAGUUGUGGCAUCGAUGCUGGAACUUCUAUGUGUUCUGCCGCGAAAGCUCCUUUGCCGCACGGGAUUCCACCGGUUCCAGGACCACCUAAAGAUGACAAAGGUGCUGCAACCAAACUCGCGGGAACUGGAUUGGCUGGGAUCAUCUUUAUGAUGAUCUCGACGAUGUUUUAUUAA